GUUGCGGUAGUACCUAAUGUUGCGGUAAUGGCAAAAUGAUAGCAAAAAGCAUUUUUCAUAGAUGUUUUAUGAUUCAAUUAUGAGAUGCAUCAUUGUGUCCUUGAGAUUUGUCCAAAAACCAAUUGAAAAAUAUUUUUCUUAACAUUUUUUGCUGCUAUGUUCAUAUGUUGUGGUAGUGUUCCUAUCUUCCAAAAUCCCAUAUAAAUUCAAUGAGAUACCGCAGCAUUAGGAAUCAACAUUAAAUGUUACCUCCACAAUAGGAAUAGUGUGCCUAAUGCUGAUGCAAGCAAUUUAUUAUCGAAAACAGAGAGAAACUAUAAUUUUUAUAUUUUUCCAAGCAAAUUUGGAUGGAAAACUACCGAUUACCUUUUUGAAAUCCUUUAUUAGGUGGUGCGAUUUUAUUUUUUAAAUUUAUUUGCACUAUACCACAAGGGCACAUUUACCUUAUCUUAAUUGAAAACAGCUUUUUGGUUCACACUGUACAUCAUGCUUCCAAAAUAACUAUAUACGACUAUACGACAGACAAUCACUCACUAACGCAAUACAUCAUCAGUUUGAAAGCACGUGCCAUUCACUGCAGUUGUUCAGUAUAGUCUACUAUAGAGUUCUAUUACUAAUAUGUCUAUUGAAUUUAGAUUGAACGGAAAGGAUUUCUGCGUGGGUCCAUCGUCCGUUCCCAUCGAGACAUCGCUAAACACAUUCAUCCGCAACCAUGCCCAUCUCAGCGGCACUAAGUUUAUGUGCUUGGAAGGCGGUUGUGGUGCAUGUGUAGUAAAUGUAUCAGGGCCACAUCCAGCGAGCGGAGAAAUUGUUUCCUACGCUGUGAACUCGUGCUUGUUUCCAAUAUUCGCAUGCCAUGGGUUGGAUAUCGUUACCGUUGAAGGCAUUGGCGAUGAGCGAGUUGGGUAUCAUAAAACGCAAAAGGUGCUCGCGCAUUUCAACGGUACGCAGUGUGGGUACUGUUCCCCUGGAAUGGUCAUGAACAUGUACAGCUUGUUGCAGUCUAAAUCAGGGCGGGUGUCGAUGGCUGAGGUCGAAAAUGCAUUCGGAGGGAAUAUUUGCCGUUGCACCGGCUAUCGACCUAUUUUGGAUGCAUUCAAAUCGCUGGCCCACGAUGCUGAGCUGGGACUGAAACAGAAGUUCGCAUGUAUGGAUAUCGAGGACCUCUGUUCAAAAAGUAAUAGAACGUGUCUAGGAAAAUGCCCAAUCACUAAGAAAAUUGAUGACAAGAAGGGGAUUCACAUGAGCUUCAUAGAAAACAAGGAAUGGCAUAAGAUAUACAACCUCAACGAAGUGUUCAUGAUUCUAGAAAAAAUCGUAUCGAAGCCAUACAUACUGGUUGGAGGCAACACUGCGCAUGGAGUUUAUCGCAGAAGUGACAAACUUCAGAUAUUUAUCGAUAUCAGCUCCGUUGAUGAACUACGAUCACAUUCACUGGGAAGCAAUUUGAUUGUUGGAGCUAACGUAUCGUUAACUGAAUUUAUGACAAUUCUAUCUGACGCUGCUGGCAAAAACCCCAGUUUUCUUUACUGCUCAGAACUUGUCAAUCACAUUGAUCUGGUCGCCAAUGUUCCAGUUCGCAACACAGGAACCAUCGCAGGAAACUUGUGCAUCAAAAACCAGCAUAAUGAGUUUCCCUCUGAUCUGUAUUUGAUUUUGGAAACCGUUGGAGCAACUUUGAAGAUAACGGAACUCAACGGAAAUAUCAUGGUCGUAAAACCAUCUGAGUUCAUUGGUCUGGAUAUGAACAAGAAACUUAUUUUGAGUAUUAUCAUGCCACCGAUAGAACCAGCAAAUACCGCAUUCAAGUCUUUUAAAAUUAUGCCGCGAGCUCAAAAUGCUCAUGCUUACGUCAACGGAGCAUUCUUGAUGAAAUUCAAAGAGGAUCAUACUACGAUAGAUACAGUCACAAUUUGCUAUGGAGGAAUAAACCCAACCGUAAGUAUAUUGUGACUUGAAUGGACUGUUACCGAUGCAUACUGGCUUAGAUCACAAAAUUUGGAAAACAAUAUUUUAAGCAUGAAGAUGUUUUUUUUUGCAACAUGGACACUUUGUUAGCAAGAUUACGCCAAAGGUUUCAACGUUCAACUACCUGUACCAUCAAGGAACUUUGUUAUCGUCUCACAAAGUUUCAAUCAAUUAUUUUUCUGUUAGAUGCUGACUUUGUGCCUCAAAAUUUGCUGCUGUAUAUUUUUCCGUACUUACGUUACAACGCACUCAAAAAAUAAAAAAUAAAACUGAAUCUUAUUAACCUCACUUAAGUUACAGCGCAUUAAAAAAAAUCAAAAUUGAACCUUGUUAAAUGUUAGUGUAUACAAUAUUCACAUCAUCUAAGAAAUAAUUGAUCCUUUGUUUGAUAGAAACUGUAAAACAUUGGAAAAAAAUCUCGAAUAGCAUUUCACAAGGUACCACCAUUUUUUCUUGUUUUCUUUUAUUCGCUGUAACUUAAAUAUGGCUAGAUGCACCCUUCUUUCAUCAAAACUAGUACGCAAAAUCUAGUUUUGAUUUUAAAAAAUCUCAUAACAUGUUUCCUUUUGUUGUUUUGAAUGUCGAUGAAAAAUAAAAACUAGAGAAAAAUAGUUAACCUUCCGUAACUCGCGCGGUUGACUACCUGCGUCAGCACCACGCUAAUGCUGAGUACAAAAAGCGAGAUUUUUUCAACGUGUUGUACAAAAUACAACAGCGCGAUCGCUCGUGGGUUAAAAAAUUAAUGAAUAUCCUAUCAAAAAUGUCUACUUUUUUCGUGUUUUGGACUGGAAAUGCUCAUUUUUAUUUAUUUUUAAUGUGAGCUUUCAAAUUGAUUAAACAGCGCAACAUUUUUUUAGUCUCAAAAGUAAACUUAUGUAUUAUGCCACAAAAUU